CGGACUGACGUAGCUGAGAUGAUUGGAUUGGGAGAUAACUGAAAGAAGGGAGAGGAACCACACCAAGCUUGGGAAGUAAAUAUUCUGCCGCAGCCUCUCUCGGUGCGAGGGCCCGGAGCUGCAGAAUUCUGGGAAUGCUGCAAUUGAUCUGAAACAUCCACAUUGCCUCUGAAGAAAAGAAAACACAGGGAACAUUUACAGUGUUUGAAUUUUUUUUAAGUAACUGUAAAUGUUCAUGAGAUGUCUCCUAGAACUGUUUUCCUGAUACCAUGGAUAUUCUGCUUCUUAAAGCACUAUUGUUGGUGUUGGUCAGUUGCUUUACUGGGCUUGUCUACUAUCAUCCAGGCCUUCUUUUUCAUUGGGAAAGAACAGUUUACAAGAAACCAAAUUUCAUAGUAAUUUUGGCAGACGAUAUUGGAUGGGGAGAUUUUGGAGCCAACUGGGACCUAAAAAAAGGCACACUUAAUUUGGAUAAGAUAGCACAGGAAGGAAUGAGAUUUGUUGAUUUCCAUUCAGCUGCAUCUACCUGUUCCCCAUCACGUGCUUCUCUGCUUACAGGACGUCUUGGCCUUCGUAAUGGUGUAACCCACAAUUUUGCUGUGACUUCAGUGGCAGGCCUCCCAUUGAACGAGACAAUAUUAGCAGAAGUUCUGAAAGAAGCUGGCUACCUCACUGCUAUGAUAGGGAAAUGGCACUUGGGACAUCAUGGCCCUUUUCAUCCCAGCUUUCGUGGUUUUGAUUAUUACUUUGGGAUACCGUAUAGCCCUGAUAUGGGCUGUACUGAUACUCCAGGUUAUAACCUUCCUCCCUGCCCAGCUUGUCCCAGAGGCUCAGCAACAGCCAGUAACCAUCAGACUAACUGCUAUCCUGAAGUUGCCCUUCCUCUUUUUGAAAACCUUGCAAUUGUCCAACAGCCUGUAAACUUAACUACCUUGGCUGCAAAGUAUAAAGAAAAAGUUAUUCAUUUCAUCCGCUAUGCCAGCCAGAAAGGCGUCCCUUUCUUCCUGUAUCUUGCCCUGGCUCAUAUGCAUGUGCCUUUGGUUUUGUCUGAGCCACCACGGAAUCAAUUUUGUCAAGAUCCCUAUGGAACAUACUUGAAGGAGAUGGAUGCUUUGGUGGGACAGAUAAAGGACACAGUUGAUAGCACAGCAAAGGAAGAUACAUUCCUCUGGUUUACAGGGUAUCCUCUUAUCUUUCUAGGAGACAAUGGUCCUUGGUCUGAGAAGUGUGACUAUGCAGGAAGUGUUGGUCCAUAUACAGGGAUGUGGCAAAGGAAAAAAGGUGGUAGCUCAGCAAAGCAGACAACCUGGGAAGGGGGACACCGUGUUCCCACAGUAGCAUAUUGGCCAGGGAAGAUCCCAGCAAAUGUGACAAGUCCUGUGAUGUUGAGCACUUUAGACAUCUUUCCUACUUUGGUGUCUCUGGCAAAUGCAACCCUUCCUCCCAACAGACGAUUCGAUGGCAUAGAUAUCUCUGAAGUCCUGUUUGGGUAUUCAAGCAAAGGACACCAGAUUUUGUUCCAUCCUAACAGUGGAGCAGCUGGAAAAUAUGGAGAAAUACAGUCUCUUCGGCUAGACCAGUAUAAAGCCUUUUAUCUCACAGGUGGUGCCAAAGCAUGCGAUGGAAGCAUCGGACAGGAAGCACAUCACCAGCCACCUCUCAUUUUUAACUUGCAGCAUGAUAUUCAGGAGCAAGAGCCAAUGGACAUCCAAAGUGCCGAGUAUUGUUCUCUCUUGCCAUUAGUAAACAAGACUCUGAUGGAUAUUCUUCAGGAUAUUGCAUCAGACAAUGUAUCUAUAGCGGAUUAUUCUCAUGACACAGAUGUAAUACCCUGCUGCAACCCCCAACACUUGGUCUGCAGGUGUGAAUGAGCUUAUUCUAACUUAUCCGUGGAAAAAUGCUAAAAAACUUCUAAGUUAUCAGCCAUCAGUAGUAUCUCCCCAUGAGAACUAGGAGUCGUGUGGAUGAAACUGCUGCAAAAAUUAUAACAUUCUAGGAUUUGUUUUUAUAUAAUAAUUUAUAAAGCGUAACUCUCUACUGAAUUCAUCUUGACUCAUAACUGAAAUAUGGUACUAAAAUGUUUGUAUGGCUAUUUGAUACCCUUGAUUAAAUCCAACUGACAUAGUUGGAUCCCGGCAUCGUGACGUUACGUUUCCUUGUACCCUCUGUGCAUCACAGAAAAGCCAUAGUGGUGAUGUCAGGUCAUAAGACAAUUGUAUGAAUUGCAACAGAAAGGCAGGAAAGAACUAUAUGGUUAAGAUUAGUCAUUUUUAGCAGAAGCUGCAUGCAUCUCAUAAAGUCAAAUUAUAAUCCAAGUAGCUCAGAGAAAGUUUGUGAUUGAUUUGAAGUCUAUCCCAGGCAGCAGAUGUCACUUCAUCAAGUUAGAGAAUGUUACCCCAUAAAAUUUUAAGAAUUAAGACAGUUAUGAUUUAACAAAUUAAUUUUUUAUCAACAGUUUGCCAAUAUUAUACUUAACACUUGCUCUCUGCAGUCAUUCAGUUUCAUAAUGUAUUUUUUUGGGGGGAAAAGUUCUCACUAUUGAUCUCUGAACUUGAUUUGCAUCUGAUUCCCUGAAAAGAGUAACUGCGGCAGGGGAAUAGGCUGCCACUGUAUA